AUGGGGAGCUGUUUCGGUCGUUGCUUCUCCAAUGUCACCGACCCUUUUACCUUCAGGUUAAAUAUUUUAUUCGCUUAUAAAACUAUUUAUAGAUUAUUUACUUAUAUAUUUUUUCCUUACAGAUACUUCAGGCACACUGGCUCCCAUACCCACGAGGAAGAACAAGUUGAGUUGGAUCCUUGUAUGUCGCAAGAAUACGAUCGAAGUUCAUCAAAAAAAAAAGACAUGGAGGAGUACCAGUGUCUUUGGAACUUGUUGAAGAUACUUGGAAGAAAAAAUCAAAUAAAUACCAAAGACUUGAAUCACGAAAUAAUGCGUCAACUGGAUCCGAUUUAAAUUCAUUGCAAACGCUUGAUGCACGAGUUUUACUAAAACAUCCAGGAUGUAUCUCGUCAACUCCAGCAUCUUCAUUAGAUCUUGAAUGGGAACAUGAAGUUAUGCCGUUACCUUUGGACGAUCCCGAUAGACCAAAAAGUACAAAUAAUUCACCAUCGAAAUCGUCAAGUAAUGUUAGUCAACCGUCCAGUUUAACUGCGUCACCUUGGUCGAAAGUAUCUACACCAAAUAGUUUAGAAUGGGAUUCGGUUGGAGAUAAUGAGGCUUGUGUUGACAUUGAAACAGAACAAUUGUUAACAGAAAUUGAAAGAUUGACAAAUAAAACACUGAAAGAAACUGGUGAAUGGAGUGGUGCUAGAUGA